CGGCAAAAUACUAAAAUGAUUCCGGCUUCCCCAGGAUCUGCUUCCUCCAUGCGGGGCAGCGGCGAGCAGUCCGGGGACGACGGAGGCGACGUCGGGGAACGCCCGGCGAAGCGACAGCGCCGAGGAGGCAAUGACGGCACUGGUGUGCCUCACCGGCGACAGGCCGCGUGCCAGCCAUGCCGCCUGCGCAAGGUCAAGUGCGACAAGAAGCGACCCUCGUGCGGCAUCUGCACCUUCAGCGGCCAGGACUGUGAAUACGUUGGUGAGCAGGCGGAAAAGUUGAGCCUGGAGACGGCAACGGCGACCCUACUCGACCGCUUCGAGCAGCUCCAUCGCGAGUUUCAAGGGGUCAAGAGCGCACUCGACGCCAAAGAGCAAACAACACCACCAACAAACCACCACGCCCGCGCCGCCUUUCUUCCCUCGGCAUCGUCCGAGGACCUUUCGCAGCCGCGCCUCUCUACAUCCGCCGAGGCCUCGCGAGACUUUCUGCAGAUCCCGCCUCACCGGGCCAGCGCAGACACCGUCCUGCGAUGGGACGUCUUCCAGGACAAGUACCCGCCCAACGCCCUCAUCGGCGGCCUCUUCAGCCCCGACCACCACCAGACCGCCGUCGACCCCGGUAGCAGCGCCGAUGAUACGCCCUCUUCGGACCUCAUCAUCAACGUCGCCGCUGGCGGAGGGGGAGGACUCACCCCGCCUGAGGACGAGCAGAUCCCGAGCCUCAUCGACCGCUUCCUGCAAAACGUCCACACCAAGAAUCCCAUCCUGGACGUCGAGGCCCUCAUCAAGCACGGCCGCCGCUGCGCGGACCAGGGCGUCGGCUGGGACGGCCGGUCGUGCCUGGUCCUGCUGGCGUGUGCCUUGGGCGCCGUCGCGAAGCCCUUUGGCAGAUCGGUGCCCCCUGGGACGACGACGUCGUCGUCGCUAUCCACGGGCAGUGAUGAUUCUGCUGCGCGCAACGCAUCGCGGAGGACGUCCUCACGCCUGUACGCCAGGGAGCUCCAGCUUGGAGACUCGUGUUUCACGCUGGCUUGUCGCCGUCUGGGCUCGCUCAAGUACUCGAUGCUCGGCGCGCAAUGCCACUUCUUCGCCGGAGUAUAUCUCAUGUACACAUUACGCCCGAUCCAGUCAUGGCACUACUUCCUUCACGCCUCCAUCUUCUGCCAGGUCCACCUGCGCAUGACGCACGGCAUCCUGGGCGACUUCACCGAGGUCCUGAGCGCGCCGUCGCGCCAUUCCACCUCGACGGACCGCAAGUCGCGCCGCCUGGAGCAGAGCCUGUACUGGUCGUGCUUCAAGUCCGAGUGCGAGUUCCGCGUCGAGCUGCCCCUGCAGCAGUCCGAGAUCAGCCUCGGGGAGUACCCUGACCUGUUCCCCUCGCCUCCCUCGCCGAUUCCCACCGACGACAAGGUCUCCUCCGGCACCACCACCACCGCCACCGAGCCGCCGCUGCUCGGCCAGACGUCGCCCGCAGCGAGCAGCAGCCUUGGUGGCGGUGGCGGUGGCGGCAGUCUCGGUGGUUACGACGCGCCGCGGCCGCCGCCGAGUGUCGCCGACGAGGCCGUGGAGCUCAGAAGGCACGCCGUCCGGCUCUGCAACGAGGAGGAAAGCUGGUACUACUACAUGACGGAAAUUGCCCUGCGCCGCAUCGGCAACCGCAUCAUCAACACCUUCUUCCGACAGGAGAGAUCUACAUGGGCGUACAUCAAGCCGCUGCUCCGCAUGGCGCAAGAGUUUGAGGCCCAGGUAUCGUCGUGGUCCGCCCAUCUCCCCCCGGCCAUGCAGCACUACGAGACCACAUCCAUCAUCCGGGCGCCGCACCUGAACUGGAGCGAGGCCGGCGGCAGCCACGCCAGCCGAGAGCUGAGCUGGGCCAUCGACAACCGCCUCCUCGAGAUGCAAACCUGGCUCUACCAGCCCUUCCUCUACUACCUCGUCCACUUCGCAUCCGCGAGAGGAGCCGUCGCCGCCGCCGGAACGAGCCAGCAGCAGCAGCAGCAGCAGCAGCAGCCUCGCAUAAGCACCCUGCUGAAUCCAUUCUCGCCCCCAAAGCCCCAUGACUACUCCCCGCAGUCGAUGGACUCGCUCAACGCCCGAGCCGCCGCCGCCGGGUCCGGCCUGGACGCCCAGGACCUGGCCGUGCUGCACUCGCUCAUCGCCUCGGGCAUCGAGUGCUCGCUCAAGACCAUCGACGUGCGGUCGCGCGGCCACCGCCACCACGGCCUGUGGUACGACCUGCGGAGCGUCAUGUGCGCCUCGCUCGUGCUGCUCGCCGUCGUCAAGAGCGGCAACGCCGCCUGGAUACCGGGCGGCGCCGAGACGCUCUGGGGCCCCGCGCCCUCGCCCGAGUACUGGACCGGCACGCCCGCGCCCAUCGGCGGCAAGAUGGCAAAGGUGCUGGCCCAGUUUGACUUUUGGGCCGGCGAGGCCCCGGACUUGCUGCGCUACAAGGAGGUGCUCGAAACGGUCGUGCGGGACGUCAGGGGUUCGUAGAGCGAGAAAUAGCAAGAGAUUACCUUCGACGCCGCGGGCGAGCACUCUCGAACGUAAUGUCCUCAUUAUACCUAUAUUCCAGCAGGGCAGCUAUACAGUAUGCAUCUGGAUAGCAGUAGAAGGAUCGUAGUAUAGACUGUGACCUAUGCCAUAGGGGCACGGACGCUCGGUUGGGUGCAGGCCAAGGGUUAGGGUUACGCCUGGUGUGUCCAUUCGACAUAGGUGAUAUUCGGCGCAGAACAACAGUAGCAAGCAGGGGUGCCGGUCUGGGAAAGGAACAAAUAGCAUUUUGAUUGUCUUUGUUACUACAGUUCUCGGAAUCUCCGAGAAGAUGGCAGAACGUAAAGCGGGAAAAGGGGCGGGGGCCAGGCGUGUUGAUAUCAGCGUAGCAUUGGCUCGUGUACGGUUCAGUAUCCCGUAUAAAAGCUCGUUUGAUUACUUAAAAGAUGCAGAAAAAUGAGAAGAUACUGCUGGAGGC